AGCGUGUAAAAUAGAGCGACGCGUUAUACCCAUAUUCAAAUCAUGUUAAAUGAGUUGCGUCCAAAGAAAGGUUGACAAAUACUCCACAGCACUAGAGCAGAUAGUUGAGAGUAAUUUCUCAUGUAAGACUGACUAUCGAAGGUCACUAAAAGGAUAAGCCAAACAUCAAAUAUGUCAAGACAAGAAGUGUCAGAGCAAAAUGACACCUGUGGUGGUAGAAAUAUCAUGAUAACGUCACAAUUACUGGAAAUCUUCCUUUAUGGUAAACGUAAAAUUCAGGGCAUUGACCUAGAAAAUGCAAAACGGCAGAAGACUGGUGACGGAAAAUACCCAAAGCAAGUGAAAUGGUCCUCUUCGUCUCAUCAGUCUCACGACAUACCAAGUCAAACAAUAGAAGCAGGAAAGUCUGUACGCCGGAUUUUGGGCCCUGCUAUAUACGAUAUUAAGUUGACGUAUGCUGUUCUAUCAUUUCCUAAUGAGGUUCAAUUGUGUACCUCCAGUAUCCCUGGUCAUCAAUAUGGAGUGUGUGCCAAGCUCCCUUUUCCUGUUGGUACUUGGAUAGGUCCUUACGAAGGACAACGAGUAAAGCCAAGUGAGAUGUCAGACAAUAAUCAAUCCAGAUACAUGUGGGAGAUCUACGAGGAUGGAAGUUUCUCUCACUAUCUUGAUGGAAGUGACGAAAAAUGCUCCAGCUGGAUGAGAUUCAUCCGCUGCGCUCGUCACAAAGAUGAGCAAAACAUGGUUGUGUUCCAAUAUGGAACGAAUAUUUACUAUAGAGCUGUGCGAGAUAUUCCAUCUGGCUGCGAGUUGCUAGUUUGGUACAAUAACAAUUACACCCAAUUUCUUGGAGUACCACUGGGCCUUAGGAAUGUUCCAGGUGGCAAGAAUGGACAGGAAAAGAUCACAGCACAAUCAGGUAACCCAGUGCCUCAAGCGGAAGUCAAGCCUGUGUUGAAGGAGAAGAAUACUGAUGAGAAUGAUACAGAUCUAAAGAUAUUUCAUAAGCAAUAUAGUCCUCAGAAAACACCAACAACCAAUGUUACCUACUGUAACUCGGAGUGCAAGCCAACUUUACCACCAAUUUAUGGCUUGUCAUCUGAUAAAAGCAACCAAAUACGUCAUCAAGUUUCACAUUACAGUGAUAUGAAUGGCAAAGGUUUUUCGUUUUCUUCUAGGCUCUCCUCUUCAUCAUAUACGUCGGUUUCCCCCUCGUUUGAAGCCCUUCCGCACGAGGGAAACAGCGUGGGUUACACGAACCGGCUAGUAGGCAUACCUAAUAAUCUUAGUCCAUCAGAUUCGAUUGUAAAGGGCAGUCUCGCAACUAGCGAAAAGCCAUAUCAAUGUGGACAUUGCUCAAGCUCUUUUGCUUUGCCUUCAGAGCUAUCUUCUCACGUUGUCACGCAUGCAAAUGACAAACCAUUUAAAUGCGGUAUCUGUAGUCGUUCGUUUGGAGGGGCAAAUACUCUGUACAAUCACAUGCGUACCCAUACAGGUAAUCGAGCGUUUCUCUGUAGCAAAUGCGGGCGUACUUUUGAGACUGCAACACAGCUUAGUCGGCACGUCAGAACCCCAGGAGAAUGUCCUAUGGUAGGAAGUACACCCCAAGAAGUAAUGUGAGCUCCAUGAUUUUAUACUGGAAGUUCUUGUUAACAGACGUCUGUGUUUCAAAGUAACGCCAGAUUAUCUUAUUGAUCUGGCAUGACUAUCAAAUCACUGUUUUUGGGUACGAGGGAGUACGGACUUGUGAGUCAUGAGUGUACGUGUAAAAUUUGGACAAUUCGAAAAUAUAUUGGCGGCAGGACCGUUCCAUGACAAUGGAGAAAAAAGAUUGCAUCAUGAAUAGAAAACGAUUAAUAUAAUUUAGUACAGAGUCAUUACUCAAAAUAGAGAAUAAAAGUUUGAAGGGCUUAA